AUGGGUCAUGGUCCACCGAAGCCAACGACUACAUGUACUACAACCCACGCACUCAACGCCGCUCUUCUCACAUGUAGUCCAAGUCCAAGUCCAAGUCCAAGUCCAAAGGCGACCACCAGAACCACUGCGAGCUUCACAACAAUGCGUAGCAGUUCUUCAACAACCACAUGCACUUUGCCUGCGGAAGCGCCCCUGGUCCAUCCCUCUAGUAAACAAGCAGCGACAACUCGAAUUCAAAUUCGUCAAGAUGACAUGGAGAACAAGGUUGACCGGACAGGGACAGACCUCAAAACUGGUUCUAGAGCACGGAAAUCACUACCUCUAGUUCAUUUCGUGGAUGACGACGAAGUUGCAUCAGAUCCCCCCCGGUCUACGAACAUGGAACCCACGCUCAACGUAUUCGCUGUGAAAAUCAAGAAGACAGCGCAAACCGACAAAGCAAGUAAUUCGAAGCCUGCUGCUGUUGCAAACAAACAAAGACCUAAAGAUCCGUCUUAUCGCCCCUUCAAGGGAACGGGCGAAUGGUCUUCCGAGUCCACCGAUGAUGAUUUCGACGUGGGCUUUGUCCCGGGUGAUCUCCCCGUCUUUCGGAAAGUCAAGGGGCAGCAGGAACAUAAACAAUUCUCUCCCGUUACUGGUAUCACUAGAGGUACCUCUAGUGUGUCGCCACCACGACCACUAACACGACAACCAACACGACCACCACCGCCCCCGCCACCGCCACCGAUUUCAAAUCGACUUAAGCGCAAGCGCAUAGAUGAUCCGACUUAUCGGCCAUCUAAGAACAGCGAGGGAUCUAUUUCCGACGACAACGAUGCUGAGGAAGAUGGCGAGUCUGACGAAGGGAUCGAAGCUUUGAUACGGGUGGUCAAGGAUAAUAAUGCAAAGGUCAAGAAGGUCAGGCGCAAGGUGGCUAGAGAGAGACAACAAGAGAAUGUUUUGAAGGAAGAAAAGGGGAGCCAUGUGGUGCUGAAAGAGAUCGAUGAUGAUGAAAAGCGACACUCAUCCAUGAAGAAGAAGACGAAGAACCGAAAGUCCGUUUUGGAUCCGUCUUACAAGCCACCCAAAGACGAAGAAGAUGACAGUGAGGAAUACAGUGACGAGUAUACCUCUACUGAUGGCUGGAACAGACAACGAAGAAGCAGGGUCCGCGCGCCAGAGGGUGGCGAUGGUUCGGAGGAGAAUCAUAAUGACUACAAUGGCAAUGUCAGCGUCAACGUCAACGAUAAUCCCGAGAACGACGUGGUUCCUACUACGAAGCAAAUCCUUCCAUGCCAAGCACGUCCCUGUCUGCCUCCCAAGUUCGGCAGGCGGAAGGUGAACCGCCUUUCCAAGCCUCCUCGCAUCUACGACCCCUCCUAUAAGCCGGGGACCACCUCAUCGGACGAUGAUAGUAACGGCAUCGAUUCGAGCUGGAGCUCCUCGGGGGAGGGCAAAGACAGGAAGAAAAGACGAAGAACAUUAUACCAGUCAAAGAAUGCACCCAAGAAGAAAAAUCAGACGGUCAGCAACCUGCAGCAAGAGGUCAUAAGAUUGAUGCUAGAAGAAACCAAACCGAAACCCGCCUUCGCAAUGCCCGUGACCAAAAAGCGAAAACGCCCUCGUCUCAUCAGACGAAACACCAGCGACCGAUCCUUUUGCCCAUCGGACACUCCUAGUGACCAGUACAGCGAUAUAUGGUACAGCUCGGAGUACUCCUCUGAGUUGGAAGUCAAGAACAAGAAGAGAAAGAAGGGAACGAAUAAGAAGAAGGACCAGUGGAAUGUGAACCGAGUUGCCACAGGAUUGGGACUUGUGACUGGGAGGGUCCUGGACUUGGAUCGUGGGAGGCCAAUUGAAGCAAGCGAAGAGGAGACGAGAGAAAGUGUGAAACCAGAAAAGGACGAAUCAACAAACAGGAAAAAGAUGGAAAGAGGAAGAAAUGGGACCAUCGACGCCAUUGAUGGCACAUACGAGCCAUCUACGGACUCUCCAUCAUCCGACUCUGACUCUGAAGCUAUUCCAGACUUGGACCGCUCCGUCACCAGUAUGGAGAUUAGCAACUUGAACGAGAACAAAAAGCCCGAGCUGAUAUUCGAGCCGGAAAGAAAAGUUACUGUACCACACGUAAAUUCAGAAGGGGAAACACCGCAGAUCCACACCGGACACGAAACUCUUUCCAACGUCAGAACUGCUUUCUACCCCCUUUGUCAUAGUCGUUACACAUCUUGGCCGCCAGCCCGCGGAACAGUAUACUGCAAGCCUUGCUUCCGGGAGCAAGUGAUAGUUCGGGGCUUGCUGAUUCGGCGGGGGAUAAGCGAGACCUUGAGGUUGCUGAAAGUGUUGUUGGGUGGCGGGUCUGACUUCGGGAAUGAAUUGGAUGAAGCUCUUGAGGAGAUUCUGGAUGGUGUUGUUGUAACCGGGCAAACGAGUAUGACACGUGUAAAAGACCACGACCAAGGCCAGGAUGACGAAGACGAAAGAGAAGAAAGGGUUCAACGAGGACAAAACACUCGCACUAAGCCCAUGCCCUCCGCACAGUCAUCCCUUGCCGAACUGCCCGAAGAUGUCCGGACCCUCUUGGUGUUGAGGCGCCUUUCAGAUGUUGUCAACACUAGAAGCAUGCCAACCGUAUCCACAGCGCGCCCCUCCGGCCCUGAUGUUUCGCUUGAAACGCCCGCUUCUCUUCACGUCCCGUCUGACGCCAAUGCCGUCUCUCUGGACCAUUGCUACCAACAGCAAGACCCGACCGGUCCGAGCCGCUACUCGUCUCCGUUCGCUCCAUGUCCUCCAUUAACCCUGCGUGGCGGGACUCCCAACUGCGCCGCCAUCAGUACGGGCAUCAAUGCGUCUUACUUCUCCCUCAAACCGCCUUCAUCAAAAGCUAUUAUUUCCCUUCCGGGAGAAAACCCACUGGAUAACGCCAUGAACAUCCUACACGACGCCCUAGGCAUCUCUACCUGGCAAGCUCGUCGAUUAUGGGACCAGUAUGAAGGCUCGGGUAUAUGGGACCUAGCGCAGGUGGAUUUGCUUGUUGAAAAAUCCUAUGCGAAAUUCCUGAACGGGCACAAGGCCACGAAGGAGCUCCCAUGGGCCGAGGGAAAAGAAUCGAGUUUAGAGGGGGGAAUGGGGAAGGCUGAGAAUCUUCAGGCCGCUAUGCUGGGUUUGGAGGGUCUGGCUCGAUUGGAAGAGGAAAUCAUGACCGCCUUGGCAGAAAAGGGGGGCCGAGAAGAGGAGAAACAGGGUCGAACUCGACAGAGUGAUGGUGGUAGGAUUGGUAUUACAACAGGAGCGACACGCAGCAUCAUCGUUGGGGCUGUGACGGGGAGGAAGCAAUCUCAUGAUGAUGACUGCAGGUUGGAUUGGGGGCAUGCUCCAAAUCCAAACCAGAAAUGCAAACUGACCAAACCCAUCGAGUUGUUCAACCCCAAGAACCAGGAGGCACAGCCAGUUUCACCACAGCGACCAAGAGAGCAGCCGAAGGUGAUUCCUUGCCAUUCCUGCUCUAGAUCCAGCACUGUCAACCAUAACAGUGGUGCUACCGUAAGACGCAACGACUACACUGAGAUGGGCGGUAGACCAUGGGUAAGAGCACUGCAAUGGACUUUCGACAUCAACGAGUCAGAAGCGGCCAAGAUGACGCUCAACAGCUUGUUGGACUUAAUCAGCCGGAGUGGAAAAGCAGCCCAUGUGAAGAGCUCCGGGUGGGAGUUUGUGGUGUACCGCCCUGGCGACCUUGAUGACGCGGAGAUCCGGAUUGUUUUCCUGGAUGUUGAGCCUGGGCUGGAUCUUCACUUGUAG